CCCCCGAACCAAACGGAGCUAUAGUGGAAGCCUUGUCUUCUUGGAGAUCCAAUUUCUACUCAAAUAUAGCUGGAGCGUUUGUAUUAAUUUUGUUCCUCGUGAGCAAAACAUGGUAACAGCGUCCCUUGCAAAAUUUGGCAUUUCCAAUUCCGCUCUUUUUGAUUCAGCUCCCCCAUUUCUGAGGGACUUAGUGCGAAAGGAUUGCAUGGGACCAAAAUCCCCAGAAUUUUCUUAAUUUCUUUGUUUGUGGGCUCUGUCCCCUCUUUUCUAUCAAAAAAAAAAAAAAAAAAGGUCCAGAUAUUACCUUCGAUCAAGAGUCUGAUGAAGGGAAUUUCGGAAUGCAUGCUUCAUCUGAGCGCGAAAUUUCUUCCCAGCGCUCCUCUUCACCUGCAUGGUAUCCUCAAGUUGAAUUUCAAGUGACAGAUGGUUUCACUUGUGAUCGAAAGUUUUACGUCAUCAAGUUUCAAACAGCCGAAGAUUUAAGGGAUGUUCUAUUAUAUAGAUCCUGGGCUACUGAGAAUUCGUUAAGGGCUGUUUACAUGGAAUCCCAAUCUUCAGAUAAGCAUGAGGGUAACGCGGCCAAACAUGUCAGAAGAGAUCAUGUCAGAUGUCUCAGUGCUUCAGAUGCAGACAUGCUGUGCCACAGUUCAGCAGUGGAUGCCAUGCUUAGCAAAGCAUCCUUAUAAUAAAGUUGAGGUUAGCUCCAAUUUAAGAAUUCUCAUAUCAGUUGUCUGGAAAAGAAAAUACAUUGAUUUAUCAGUACUCAUAAUGAUUCGUGGGUUAACUUCAAAUUUACUCUCAAACAAAAAGAGGUGGGUCCCAAGAAUUAUAUGACCAUCCAACGCAUUAACAUUAGUUUCUUCCAUAGAAAAAACAAAUUAUUUACCUCUUCCUAGUCUUGAUUUGCGAGUUGAUCGAGAAAUACCGUUUUCAUUCCUCUGCAACGACUCAACGAUUCUAUUUGGUCGAGGUAUUUGGGGUCCUGAUAAUUCAGGGAGAUCACCUUGCUUUCUGUGGCUCUGUAAGGUUUUCAAGAAAGAAAGUAAAAUGAUGUUAUUUCCUGUGAUAAGCCAGAAGCAAAGUGAGAUCAUCAAUCCACAUUUAUAUUCAGUUUUACACACAGAGAAAUAGUCAUCAUAUCAAGUGUUCGUAGCCAAGUCCUGAAGUAGCUGGCAGGAGUCCUAGUUUAUUUCUGACUAACAAGUGGCAUUAGGAUUAGUCAACAAUGACGACUAUUAUUGACAGUAACAUCUGAGAGGUUUGAAGUUAUUAAGUGAAUACUUGUGGAUAAUUUUAUUAUAAUCUUCAAUGUUGGGUUUUAAAGGGACACUAAGAGCUUAAAGUUGGAAUAGUAUAAACAAGAAUAUUAAAAUGAAUGUGCGGCCAUACAUGAAAAGAUAGAAUUUGUAAUGAGCUUAUGUGAGAAAAAGUGAGUGUACUAUCCAUUGAGGAGAAGAUGGUAUAUAAUUGUUUGAGAUAGUCCGAACACGUAUAAAGAAGGCUAUGAGAGGCCCCAGUGAGAAAAAUGAAACAGAUAGUCUUGAGUCCUAUAAAGAGGAGUAGAGAAAGGCUAAAAAUAACACUUGUAAAAGUUGUUGAAAGAAACCUUUUAGUUAACAAUAUUUUCAAAGGCUGAUUUGCUGAUAGAGCAUAAUGAUAUCGUGCAAUCCAUGUAACCGACUCCAUCUAAUGGGAUAAGACUUGUUGUUGUUGUUCAAUAACAUUGUACUUUAGCAUGUGAUUAAAAGCAUCUGAUUAUAAUUGCCUGAGAUUUUUCAGUUACCUGAGUAUUGAUCACAACAUCUGUUUGUUCUGAUGGAUCAAAAUCUGUGGACACAUCUAUAUGAUUGUACUCAUCAGCUUCAUUAAGAGAGGCCGGCGUACCAUGUGGAAGCUGAUGCUUUUGUUGUCGAUGGUUGGAAGUCCUGUCCAUAUGGCUUGCAUUGCCAAUGUAUUUUCUUUCUGAUACAUCUGUCCCUUGUUUGGUUAAAUCAUAGGUGCCUUUUGCAAAGGAUGGAUCGAGAGCGCUAAUUUUGCUUUUUGAGCCAUCUGAUAAAGUAGAUGUAGCAUCUGCUUUUCUGUUUUUUGCCCAUGUAAAGCCAUUGGAUCCUGAGACUGGCACCGGUACACUAAAGCCAUGAGAAACAUCCAUUACGCGGGUAGUCCCUGACAUUGCAUUUGAAGAUGGCUUUGAUGCCCCUCUAUGCAUAGGUCCUCCUUUUUCCUUAGGAAGACGUGCUUUUCUAUCGUCUUUACGAGCGUUUCGAGAGAUGUACUGCACUUCCUAUGUCAAGGAGGAAAGAUUAUAGGAGUAAGAACUGGUGAUCUUUUACAAAGAAUAUAUAUAACAUAAUACACUCAGAGAGCACCUCUUUCUUCUGAGCUGAAUUAUUGACA